AUAAAACCUAAUCUUAUAACUCAAUGAUCGACGGUCUGUGUUUGGCUGGUCAGUUGAAAAAUGUGGUAAAUCUGUUUGACUCGAUGGUGGAUAAGGGCCUUCAACCGGAUGUUGUCAGUUGCAGUACAUUAAUCGAUGGCUAUUGCAAGAAUCAUAAGGUGGAUGAAGCUAUCCACCUAUUCGAGAAAAUGAAACGAAAUCGAUUGAAACCCACAACAGUCACUUACACUGUUCUAGUAAGGGGACUAUACAGAGAUGGAAAAAUGAAGACUGCACAAAGGUUUCUUAAUGAGAUGCAAUCUUUUGGUCAAUCGCCAGAUGAACUGACAUACACUACCAUCUUGGAUGGUCUCUGCAAGAACGGAAAAUUGGAGGAGGCAAUAGAAUUGUUUGAAUUCAUGGAGGGUGCAGGAAUCUCAGCUAAUAAUUACAGGUACAGCAUUCUUAUUCAUGGUUUGUAUCAGGUUAGUCGGUUGGAAGAUGCAAGAAAAUUGUUUAAUGAGAUUCCAGACAAAGGAUUUGUUCCUAAUGUAGUAACAUAUAGCUCAAUGAUCAACGGCCUCUGUCGUAACAAGAUGGUAUUGGAGGCUGAAAAACUAAUCAUGGAAAUGGAACAGAAGGGUUGUUUACCAGAUGCCCGAGCAUAUGAUACUAUCAUUCAGGCUUUAUUUAUAGCAAAGGAGACUGACAAGGCAAUGAAUUUUCUUUGCAAGAUGCGCGAAAAAGAAUUUGUACCGAAUGAUUCUGUAAUAUCCUUUUUGAUGUACACUCUCUCAGCAGAUGAGCUAAAAAAUCUAUAG